UGGCCCCGACCCCAGUGUACGCCCCCCGAGCGCGCCCCGGCCAUGCGCGGCCUGGGGCUCCCGCUGCUCGCCCUGUGUCUGCUAGUGGCAGCCCCCAGCACCCCACUGCCUCACGUGGAGCAGUACGAGGUGGUGUGGCCCCGACGCCUGCCAGCACCCCGUGCCCGUCGAGCUCUGCCCUCCCACCUGGACCUGUACCCGGAGAGCGUGAGCUACGUCCUUGGGACCCAGGGGCACAACUUCACCCUGCACUUGAGGAAGAACAGGGACCUGGUGGGCUCGGGUUACACGGAGACGUACAGGGCUGCCAAUGGCUCCCAGGUGGUGGAGCAGCGACAGAGGCAGGGUCACUGCUUCUACCAAGGCCACGUUCAAGGACAUCAGCACUCCGCUGCCAGCCUCAGCACCUGUUUGGGCCUCAGGGGCUUUUUCCGGGCUGGCUCAGACGUCCACGUGAUCGAGCCCCUGGACAGGGCUGGCGAAGAGGGGCGGCACGCGCUAUACCGGGCGGAGCAUCUGCAACAGAAGCUUGGGACCUGUGGGGUCAGCGACACCAGCUUGGAGCAGGCCCUGGGGCCUCGGACCUCGGCAGCCUUCAGGCCCCGGAACGGGCUGCUGCCCCGAGACACCCGCUAUGUGGAGCUGUAUGUGGUCACGGACAGCGCAGAGUUCCAACGGCUAGGGAGCAGAGCAGCGGUGCGCAGCCGGGUGAUGGAGGUGGUGAACCACGUGGACAAGCUUUAUCAGGAGCUCAAUUUCCGUGUGGUCCUGGUGGGCCUGGAGAUGUGGAGCCGAGGGGACGAGAUUCAGGUGAGCUCGAACCCCGACACCACGCUGGACAACUUCCUGCGGUGGCGGACGCAGAGGCUGGUGGGAAGGCACCAGCACGACAAUGCGCAGCUCAUCACCGGGGUUGAGUUCACCGGGACCACCGUGGGACUGGCCAAGGUGUCGGCCAUGUGCUCCCAGGACUCGGGGGCUGUGAACCAGGACCACAACCUAGAGAACCCUGUCGGUGUCGCAUCCACCAUGGCCCACGAGAUGGGCCACAACCUGGGCAUGGACCAUGACGAGAACGUCCAGGGCUGCUACUGCCCCGUGCCACGGGAGGGCGGCGGCUGCAUCAUGGCGGCCAGCAUCGGCUCCAAGUUCCCCAGGAUGUUCAGCCAGUGCAGCCGCGCCGACCUGGAGAUGUUCGUGGAGGAGCCCCGCACAGCCUGCCUGGCCAACGCCCCGGACCCCAGCCGGAUGGUGGGCGACCCUGUGUGCGGGAACCAGUUUGUGGAGCGCGGGGAGCAGUGUGACUGUGGCCCGCCCCAGGCCUGUCAGAACCCCUGCUGCAACGCCACCACCUGCCAGCUGGCCGCGGGGGCCCAUUGUGCCCAAGGGGCCUGCUGCCAAGACUGCAAGGUGACGCCUGCCGGUGAGCUGUGCCGUCCCCCAAAGGAUGCGUGUGACCUUGAGGAGUACUGUGAUGGUCAGCGGCCAUUGUGCCCGGAGGACGCCUUCCAGGAGAACGGCACACCCUGCCCAGGGGGCUACUGCUACAAUGGGGUCUGUCCUGCGCUGGCCCAGAGGUGCCAGGACCUGUGGGGGCCAGGCUCGCGUGUUGCUGAGGAAACAUGCUAUACCUAUAGCAUCUCCCCAGGCUGCCAGGGCAGGCCCGCGCAGGGUUCCAGCAAGGUCGACACGUGUGGCACCCUCUACUGUGAGGGCGGACGGAAGCCGCCGGAGCGGAGUUCCUGUACCCUCACCUUGCGCACGGGCACUUGCCAGGCUCUCGCCCUGGAGGGAGGUGCUGCGUAUGAGCCAGUGCCGGAAGGCACCAAGUGCGGCGAGGAGAGGGUUUGCUGGAAAGGAGUCUGCCGGCACCUGCACGUUUACAGAUCCAUAAACUGCUCUGCCCAGUGCAACAACCACGGGGUGUGCAACCACAAGGGACAGUGCCACUGCCACCCGGGCUGGGCCCCGCCCCACUGCACAGAGCUGCUGCCCCGCGUGCACACAGGGUCCAGGAGCCUCCUGGUGGGCCUGCUGGCCUCUGUGGUGCUGCUGGUGGCUCUCCUGGCAGGUGUGGUCUUCUACCGAAAGGCCUGGAACCGAGGCUCUUGGAGGAGCUCAGUGCCCAAGACUGCCAAGGGGCUCUCCAACCCCCUGUUCCAUGAGGGGCCCAGUGUGCCAGCCAAGGGUGGGGCUCCAGCCGCCACCACCCACCCCAGCCAGCCCACCAGGCCCAUGGCCUCCAGGAUGACCCCUAAGCAGCUGCCCCGUGCUCCUCCAGUCACCAUGUCCAACCCACCCUUCACCAUUCCUGUGUACACCCGGCCGCCCCCAGACCAGCUCAGACCUCCUCCUCCUGCCAAGCGCCUCCCUGAGCUGAAGCCCAAGCAGGGUGUGAAGCCGACCUUCCCACCUCCGAUGCCUCCAGUCAAGCCUGGGGCGGGAAGAGCCACCCCUGGACCCGUGCAGGGCGCCGCGGGUGCGAAGGCGGCUCCGAGGCCCCCGGUGCAGCGGAGGUGACGCGGGGCUGCGGACAUCGGCCCGGGGGGGAC